GGCCACUGGGACUGGAAUCCAAAAGCUGCUGGACUCUAAACCCACAGAGGCAGAAGGGGAGAUGAGCGAGAGGCGAGUGGUGGUGGAAGCACCCACAGGUGCCAGCUUCAGCAUGUCCCUCCACAGGCGCAGGGCGUCCUUCAGGGGGACUCAGUCAUCAUCUACCCUGGAGAGCACCCUGGGCUCCAGGGUCAAUGUCAGGGGUGGCCUGGUCCAAUCACCUGUGAUCUAUGUAGGGACAACACCCAGUGGGAGCAUAGGUGGCCAGGGUGCCCACGUGACCUGCCGGGCCCUGGGUAUCAGCAGUGUCUUCCUGCAGGGCCUGCGGAGCUCAGGCCUGGCCUCUGCGCCCACUCCAGGCCUGGAGGGGGACCAUGAUGCUGCCGAGGACUUGGGGGGCUGCCUGGUGGAAUACACGGCCAAGGUGCGGGCCCUAGAGCAGGUCAUCCGGGAGCUGGAAAGGCAACUGCGGACCCACCUGGAGAGCAAGGCCGUGGGCUCCGGAAGCUGGGGCGCCCUCAGGGCCUCCUGGACCAGCAGCUGCCAGCAGGUGGGCGAGUCUAUCUUGGAAAAUGCCCGGCUCAUGCUGCUGAUGGAGAAUAUCCAGGCGGGUGCAGACAACUUUAAAGAGAGGUAUGAAAAUGAGCAGCCAUUUCGAAAGGCAGCAGAAGAGGAAAUUAACUCUCUGUAUAAAGUCAUUGAUGAAGCUAAUUUGACAAAAAUGGAUCUGGAGAGUCAAAUAGAAAGCCUAAAAGAAGAACUUGGCUUUCUGUCAAGGAACUAUGAAGAGGAUGUGAAGGUGCUGUACAAACAGUUGGCAGGAUGUGAGCUGGAACAAGUGGAUGUUCCCAUUGGCACUGGUCUGGAACACAUCCUUGAGACCAUCAGAACUUACUGGGAGAGAGAUGUUGAAAAGAACCGAGUGGAGGCAGGAGCCUUGCUGCAAGCCAAGCAACAGGCAGGAGCAGCCCGCAUGGCCCAGACCCGUGAAGAGAAGCUGGCCACUGCCCUCAGGGUGGAGUUACACAACACUUCGUGCCAAGUCCAGAGCCUCCAGGCCGAGAUGGAAUCCUUACAGGCCCUGAAACGAGGCCUGGAGAACACCCUGCACGAUGCCAAGCACUGGCAUGACAUCGAGCUCCAGAACCUGGGCGCCGUGGUGGGCAGGCUGGAGGCGGAGCUCAGGGAGAUCCACGCGGAGGCGGAGCAGCAGCGGGAGGAGCGCGAGCAUCUGCUGGAGCACAAAUGCCAGCUGCAGAAGGAGCUGGCGGCCUACCAUGCCCUGCUAGACAGGGAGGAGGGCCGCUAAUGGAGAAACAUUCUCUUUUCACGAUGACAGUGCUGCCUUCCUCACCAAAUGACCAGUGAAGUUACCUGAGGAGCUUUACCGGGAACUUCAGAGCUUGCCUGAUUCCUUCUCUGAUUCAGCUUGAGCUA